UUGCAGAAUUUGCCAAAAAGCACACAGAGAGAAAGAGGCAUCUUUAUUCUUUCGCCUGCAAUUCGGAAGAAGCAUACACACUAAACUCUCUUCUCUCCCACGAGAAGGAGAAGGAGAGAGAGAGGUAUCUGCCAUUUUCUGAAUAUUCCUCUGAGGAAGUUUCUCCUGAGGUGGCAUUCUGGAUCAACCUGUACAAACUCAAUAAAGAUUUGGACAUCAGAACAUGAUGCUAACAUCUUCCUUCUGAAGGAAAGGCCACUUGGGGAUGGAUUUCUAGAUUAAAUAUUAUUCUUGAUGGACCACAAUCACUUGACCAUAAAGACCUUCAUGGCCAUCACGGCUGAGAGAGAUGCUGCAAUCCGUGAAAGGAACAUGGCACUGGAAGAGAGAAAGAGGGCUUUUGCAGAGAGAGAUAUGGCAAUGUUGCAGAGAGAUGCUGCAAUUGCUGAGCGUAACGCCGCCAUACAAGAGCGAGAUGAAGCAAUUGCUUCUCUGCGAUUUCGGGAGGGCUCAAUGAAUGACAAUAGCACUAUCCCUGAUUCACUUGGAAAUGAACUAGAAAGUGGAUCUAAACGCAUUCACUACCAGCAUCAAAUUCGUGCAUCUGAACCUGAAUAUAGUCCAAGGGGAAGUUUGAGGGGCAGUGAUAUUACAGAGGCUUCUGAGACCGCCAAGUCUAGGAGAGGAAGGCAGCCGAAAGAUGGAAAGGUAACGAAACCAUCCAAGUCUCCAAGGGUGGGCAAAAGAAUGGCCGAAGGGAUGAGCAAGCAGGUGAAUUCUGCUCCAUCUAAUGGUUGGAAUACUCAGCAGGAUUUCGAGAGCGACGAGGAGGACCUAGAUAAGCAGGUCUCGUGGAAGGAUAAUCUGGGUUUGAACCAAAUUAACUUCGACGAGUCUGCGAUGCCAGUGCCGGUAUGCACUUGCACAGGUUCACCACAGCCAUGCUAUAGAUGGGGAAACGGUGGAUGGCAGUCCGCCUGCUGUACAACCACGAUCUCAAUGUACCCAUUACCCCAAGUCGCAAAUAAACGCUACUCUAGAGUUGGUGGCAGAAAAAUGAGUGGAAGCGCUUUUAGCAAGUUGCUUAAUCGACUUGCUGCUGAGGGAUACGACUUUUCUGCUCCACUUGAUCUGAAGGACCACUGGGCUAAGCAUGGCACGAAUCGUUACAGCACUCUAAAAUAGAUUUUAAUCAUCCGAGACACGUGGAUAAAAGUUUGGAGUCCGAUGAUGCUCCUACUUUUACUUCAGUCUUGGGGUUCGUAUUUUUCUAUAAUAUCCAUCCAAUGUAAUUGCCCUGAUUGGAUUCUUGUUUGUUAUGUAUACACUGUUGAAAGAAAUGGUUAGGAACCGGACUGAGUGGAAACACUUGCAGUCUCAGAUGUCUAACUCCCGAUUUGUACACUAUUGAUGAUGAGAAAGAAAUAUCCUGUUUAUGUGGCACUUUGCUGGUUGCAGGAAAUUUACCGCA